AUGAAUAUAGCAGAACAAAUUGUUUAGAGAAAGAAUGAAUUUAAUAAGUAAAUGGAAUAAAGAGAUAUCAUUUAAGAAAUGGAUGAUCAUCUCAAAAAUUUACAUGAAUCAGAUGAUGACAGGUCGUUUUAUUAAAUGUAAUAUGAUUAAAAAGAUAUUCAAAAACUAAUAACUCUCAUGUUAAAAUACUAUAGUAGACAAGAAGAUUAAACUUAUUAAACCAAAAAAUGCUUUUACUUUUACAUUUGGAGAUACUUUCAAAAUUAGGACAUUUUUGAAAAGAAUUGGGAAAUUGAAAGAAAGGAUCUCGAAAAAUAAAAACGCUAUCCAUAUAGAAAUAUGAAGAAAUAGCGUAAGAUUAUUGAAGAAUAGAUAUUCGAUUUGGAGAGAAAGGCUUUCUUCUAAAUUAGACAAAAACAAAUUUUGGUUCAAUUAUUCAAAAAUGCAGCUCGAAAAGAAAGAUUGAUCAAGACCCAUCGCAUUUCAUAGAUUUAUCAGGAAUACUGCCUCAAUGAAUUAUGCAAGCAAUUCGAAAUACAAUACAAAUUAGAAUACAUUUAAAUCAACUGUUACUUAAAUUUAAUAAAAUAAUGUUGUGUAUUAGAAGGAAAAUAAAUAAAAAUCAAGAUCGAAAUCGCCAAUAAGCACUAAUAAUUCCAAAGUGUCCUUGUCUACAAAAUCUCAGAAUUCCAGAAACAGAGCUGUUUUCAGAAUCCUUAUUUACCUACAGAAAUUUCUAUAUUUUUCUAUAAAUGGAUUAAAAUAAUUAUGUAUGUAAGACAACUUGAACAGAUUGAAGAGAUCAACUCGAUAAAUGUAAUAUUAAAUUAAUAAGUUUUCAAAGAAAGCGUAUUAAGAACACAAAUUUAAUUAGUUAAAUCAGAGAUAGAUUCAAAAACAUAUCUUGCAUAAGAAUUACUCAAUCAAUUAUUAAAAUGA